CAAAUCUACGGAGUGUAUAUAAAGAGUAUAAAUCUACGGAGAGAGAGAGAGAGAGAGAGAGAGAGGGGCUCAAACCCUGGAUCUUAACGCAAUCGAUUUCAGGUUCGUGUUGUGGGUCUGGCUCUGAUUCCUAACACAGAUCUGAAAAGAUUGAAUGAGCCAUUCAAGACCCAUAAAUUACCUCUAAAAAAUCUCUCAAAAUCUCCCACCUUUCUUUCUUUUCAUCUUCCACAAACCAUCAAAAGUUUUAUUCUUUAUUUUCUUGAUGAAGAGCAUCAAAAGGUUCGAUAGUGUCUAUCUCAUCACCCCUUUACUUGUCCCGAUGUCUUUUUAGCGAACCAAACCCAGUUUACAGAUAAAGUUAUAUAGUUAUAUUAGAUAUAUUGCAUUUAUGUAUAGCAAUUGAGGAAACAUCAAAUGGGUUCGAAGAAGAAAGCUGCUCGGCACAAAUCUCCUUCUCCUUCUGUUUCUCAAGAUACGGAUAUGUCGAUCGAAGGUCUGCAUGCUAAACAUCAGCAGGAGCUAGAAAAUUUGACGCUAACAACACAACCUUUCAAAACAUUGAAGUUUUUCAUUUUGGCUGUUAUUAAGUAUCUUAAGAGAUCAGUAUCAUAUCUUUUGGCACAUGGUGGUUGGCUCAUGGUUUUAUGCAGUGUGGUGGUGCUUGUUGGAAUACUGCUUUUUACCAUUGAUGGUCCUCACGAAAAGCAUGUUGAAGAGUUUCUUGAAUAUUUGCAAUUUGGAUUGUGGUGGGUGGCUCUUGGCGUUGCAUCUUCUAUUGGCCUUGGUUCUGGUUUGCACACUUUUGUCCUUUAUCUUGGGCCUCACAUUGCCUUGUUCACAAUAAAAGCAGUGCAAUGUGGCCGAGUUGAUCUCAAAAGUGCUCCAUACGAUACGAUACAGUUAAACAGAGGCCCAUCAUGGCUUGACAAGGAUUGCUCAGAAUUUGGGCCGUCAUUGUUUUCGUCUUUGGAUGGUUCACAUGUCCCAUUGAGUAUGAUAUUGCCUCAGAUCCAGAUGGAGGCUGUUCUAUGGGGCAUUGGGACUGCACUGGGGGAGCUUCCUCCGUAUUUUAUUUCAAGAGCAGCCCGUCUGUCAGGCAGCAAAUUGGACACGAUGGAAGAAUUGGAUGCUUCAUCAACUGAAGAUAUCGGAAUCAUAACUACUCAUCUAAAUCAGAUCAAGUGCUGGUUCCUGCUGCAUUCCCAAUAUUUGAGCUUCUUUACAAUUUUAGUGCUUGCUUCGGUGCCAAAUCCUCUAUUUGACCUUGCUGGUAUCAUGUGCGGACAAUUUGGGGUUCCUUUCUGGAAGUUUUUUCUUGCAACAUUGAUUGGGAAGGCAAUCAUUAAAACUCACAUACAGACGUUGUUCAUUAUAUCCGUUUGCAAUAAUCAACUUCUUGACUGGAUCGAAAAUGAGUUGAUUAGAGCGUUCAGCCUUGUACCUGGUUUCGCUUCCGUCCUGCCAACCGUCAUCCCAAAAUUGCAUGCAAUGAGAGCUAAAUAUAUGACAACCGCACCUCCUAUGCCCUCAAACAUCAAGGUGAAGAAGUGGGAUUUUUCGUUUACUUCGAUUUGGAACACAGUAGUGUGGCUCAUGAUUAUGAAAUUUUUCGCCACGAUCGUGACCUCAACUGCACAGAGAUAUCUGAAGAAAGAGCAGGAAAAGGAAAUUGCAUCAAAGCACGCAAAUGAGUCUGAGCAUUUGUCUCAAUGAACUUUUCAAGCAUCUCUCUCUCUCUCCCCUCUUUGUCGCCAUUGUAGGCACACAUUCUCCAUCGGGAGUUCCUUUAGACUUUCAGGGACUUUGUAUAGGAUGAUUAGCGGUUGACGGCUCUUUUGUCCUUCUUUAAUUGGGUAAGCAUUGGUUUUAGGCUGAAAAUUGAAGUGUCAUUGUAAACUACUUGGGAAGAUUAUAUGAAAGGCAUAGAUCAUUUGCUUUGCUCC